AACAUUACCUGGACUUGGAACAGGAAUGAUAAAGCAUGGAGCAAAAACUAUUCAAGGGAGCUCCAUUUGGGACACAGUCAGCAAGGUUUGAUAUUUCUGGGGUUCACCCUAAAAGAAAGCAGAUUGGGACAUUCACAGAAGUUGCACAUUGCAAAAGAUUCACUGAUGAUCUGGUGAGCAGCCUGGGCCCAGGUAGAUAUGAGGUGGAUGCUGGCGACCUCAGUCAGCGUGCUCUGCGGAGCGAGACGGCAGGGCAGGCCCGGAGGAAGCAGCUGGGGGCUAACAUGCCUCACAUUCUCCAUCGGAAGUCAUGGUCCACCCAGUGCCAGCUGAGAGAUGCACUUGGACCUGGGAAAUACCACCUCAAAAGUUUUGUUGAUGUACUGAAGGAGAAACCCAGCAGUGCGAGGGGUGUGUGUGAUUCUCUUGAGGACAGAUUCAAGGAAUAUAUUAAGAAGUAUCCCGCGGGCCCAGGGAGUUAUGGGAAAGGGGGCAUCCCUAGCAGUCUGCUGGACGAGAGGAGGUCCAGACCCACGGGCAGCUGUGCCACCAUGGACUUCAACGCUGGAGUGGAGCGGUUCCCAGAGAGACCAGUGGACUGUGGUUUGUAUCCUGGCACUUACAAGAUGAAGUCCUUCACUGAGUUAAUCCUGGAGCACCAUGUCGGUAAGAAAGGGCCAUAUGAGAUUUUCACAGGCCGAAGAGACAAACCCAUCAACGCUGGAUACUUUGCAGCUCCGAGAACAGCUACUGUGAAUCCAGGACAAUUCUUCCUGCCACCCAUGUUUGGCGACGGGCUCAAGAAGCAGAGGCAACAUGGCAAAUUGGGCCAAAUGGAGCGCUUCGCCACUGUGCCGAGUGAACGCAUCUUCCACAGCACACUGGCACAGAGACCUGAACCAGCAAACUGGCCUGGCCCUUGUGACUACAUGAUCGCUCCUCUCUCCAGGGUGGAGAACAGUAAUCCGCCCCCGUUCUUCUCCCCCACGCGUCGCUUCGGCCCAAUCGUUGGGAAAGCGUUGCAGGGCAGCUCUUGUAUUGCGGGCCCAGGCCGCUACAACAUCGGCCAAAAAGCGUCUAAGAACUACAAAAAAGGAAGCACUGCUUUUAAGUCACGGACAAAGAGAUACUUGGACAACAUAGACCAGGAUACCUUUGGCCAGGAGAAACUGAGGCCAUUCAACAUCCCAGCUGAGCAGAGGCCCUAUCACAGGCGCCCAGAUGAGGCUGUGGCAUGUUCUACGGCUGCCUUCUAGACUGGAGACCCACUCUGUGCACAUAUAAAUAUUUGAAAUGAAUGCAUAAAAUGUGCAUCUGUUUCUAUUCAUAACAAAAACAAAAUUGAACUCUGAUGCUGUUAUCUGAAGGUGAUAGUAGUACCAUCCCUCUUUAGUCAGAUUUGAUAUGUUACAGUAUGUUGGAAAUCCAGUGUCUUGCUU